AUGUUUAAUUUGUUUGUUUGUUUGCUAUUUCUAAAUCCGCCUCUUGUUUAUUAUUAUAUGAGUGUGCAUUCUAUAGUGUGGUGGUUCUCCUUCUUUCUCGUGUCUGCUCACUCUGUGCUAGCAGGAAAAUGCAGAAUAGAUGCAGAUUGCCAGAUAUCAAAAAUAACAGGACCACACAGUCUUUUCUGUGUGGAGGGCCAGUGUGUGCAGCUAAAGCCCCCAGGCAGCGCGUGCUCUGCUGCAAAUGAGUGCGCGUCGUAUCCCUUUUUUGGGCCACUGGCGUGCACUGCUCCAUGCAAUGAAGGCCUGUGUUGCAGAUUUGUUCCUAAUGGGGCAGCAUGCAGUCUAAAUAGGCCCAUCAGCAUAAGCGGGUGCACCUCUGGGUUUACUUGCUCAAAUCGUGAGAUAGGGCCUAUAUGCGUGCCAUCCAUUCAUAAGAUGUGGAUAUUUGGGCCGAUUCUUUCAGUUACUGGAAAUAUUUUUAUUAACAUUGGACUAAAUCUACAGAAAAAGUCAUAUGUCAUGGAAAGAGGAACCUUCUGGGGAAUGACCAUUAAUCUGUUUGCACUUGGUGUGCUUUCUUAUGUCGUAGGGAAGAUUUCUGGGUUUAGCUCUUAUGUCUUUGGAAAUCAGUCUCUUAUGACCUCCCUUGGCGCGGUUGGAAUUAUUGCAAAUAGCAUUUUUGCUCCAAUGAUUAACAAAGAGGUGUUUACUGUGUACGACUUUUUGUGCAUUGUGUUUGUUCUUAUUGGAUCUUCGCUGGUUCUUUCAAAUGCGGGGACCGGGAAAAAAGACCACAAUCUCUUUGGCCUUUUGAAGAACUACUUCAGUGCGGCCACCUUUAUAUGGUUUCUCUGUCUCCUCUGUCUUAUUGUAGCGCUGAUUAUUUUCUGUAGAAUAGUUGAAGAUAACAGCGACUGGAAGCUAGGGACAGAAAAGCCAUGGAUUUCUUUGGAUAAAAAGCUCAGUAAGAACGGGUACUGCUUGAAAUACAUCAUGGUUGUUGCGUAUGUGGCUGUAUCUGCAUCAAUAGCCUCUUUUACAACUCUUUUUGCAAAGAGCUUUGGUGUAUUAAUCAGUUUAACUCUGGAUGGGCAGAACCAGUUCUAUGGCCCAGGGCCAUACCUCUUUGGGUCGCUCGUGUUCUUAUGUACAGUUGGGCAGAUAUAUUGGCUGAACAAAGCGCUUAAGCGAUAUGAUGCUCUGCUAGUGAUCCCUAUCUUCCACAUUAUGUGGACUCUUUUAAGUGUGACUACUGCUGGUAUAUACUUCAAAGACUUUUCUAUGUUUACCUCGUCACAGUUUAAAAACUUUCUUUUGGGCCUUGUUACAAUAUUUAUUGGGUCGGGCUUCCUUAUUUUCCGAAUGGUUGGAAAGGACACGCCAUCAACAGAGAGUGAAAAACUUACCGUGGAAACAAAGCAGAAAUAA